UUGCUACUAUUAGAUUAAUGCAAAUUAAUAACGAGACGUCGAUAUCUAUUUUUAUUCCAUAAUUGUCCGUGCUAGUGAGGAAUAAAUUCUAGAUUUGGUAUCCCUGCGAAAAAGGCAUGCCGUCUCGAAACGGCAAUAAAAUGAAAUAAAGUUGAGCUGCAAAAAAAUUUUAUUUAACCGUGCAGCGUUUAGAUUAGACUACGAAGCAAGUUUUAUAUCGAUGUUGACUUUUGACUCCGAGAAAUACAUUUCUGGUACAUUUAUUCUAGUGGUUCGUUCAACAAGGUCAUUUGCAUCAUCACAUGUACGAAGUGCUUAAAGCUAAAGUGAAAAACAUUGAAGAUUACGAUAUACUUCGAUUAAUUGCCGAACCUAACCUCAAACUCGAAUCUUACAACUCAAAGGAAAUGCCAGUUUAGCCAGUAUAAAUCAACUAGAUUACGGAUCCCUCAAAUCUUUCUAAUCUUUUACGUUACUUACGUUGUUGCUGCGUGUUAAAAGAGGGAUGCCACGCAGCAAGCGUAGAGCGCCCUCUAGCACAAAUCAUCAUACAUCUAUUGAAAUGUCACCUAGUGCCCACGAAGAAGGUAUAUCAAGGCAUCCGUCAAAAAGACUUAGACAUACAUCUAGUGCAAGACGUUAUACAAAAACAGAAGAUGUUUCAAGUGCUUCAUCUUUCUCUCAGAAACGUUGUAUCACAUGGUUUAGAGAAUACACAACACCUGAUGAUUCAGAUACUUUAGGGCCUGAAGGAAUGGAAAAAUUUUGUGAGGAUAUUGGUGUAGAACCCGAAAAUGUAGUAAUGCUCGUUCUUGCAUACAAAAUGAAUGCCCGACAAAUGGGUUUCUUCACGCUAAGCGAAUGGUUAAAAGGUCUUUCGGACUUACAGUGUGAUUCUAUUAGUAAAAUACAACAAAAACUUGAGUACCUAAGGAAUCAAUUAAAUGAUCCACAUACAUUUAAGGGAAUAUACAGAUAUGCUUAUGAUUUUGCUAGAGACAAAGAUCAAAGAAGUAUGGAUAUGGAAACUGCAAGAGUUAUGUUACAAUUACUUUUGGGAAAACAUUGGCCAUUGUUUACACAAUUUGCUCAGUUCCUAGAUCAAUCAAAGUACAAAGUGAUUAAUAAAGAUCAAUGGUGCAACAUCUUAGAAUUUUCUCGAACAAUCACUCACGAUUUAUCCAAUUAUGAUUUAGAUGGAGCAUGGCCAGUAAUGCUUGAUGAAUUCGUUGAAUGGCUAAAAAUACAGCGAGGUGACGAAACACCAUUAACGGAAGCUAGAGGCAGCUGAAACACUCAAUAAUAAUAGUCUACUAAAAUAAAAAGAAAUCAUCUCUUCUCUCACGAUAUUUUGUUAAUAACGAAAUUUCUGUUUUUAUCAUAACCUCGCAACAUUUCAGUUAUCAUCAAUCUUGCUAUAUUUUUUAUUAAUCAAUGAUAAUGUAAGUAGCAUCUUAAUAUGAUUUUACACUGUUACGUGUUAUAAAUGAAUCUUGAUUAGAAAUUUUCUAAA